ACGAGAGGGGGGAUAGUCCGGUGGAGAGAGCGGGGCCGGUCAGAAGCGAACCCUGCUGGCUGUGGCUUGAUUGGAGGGCUCCUCACUCUGGUGUGGCAUUUUUCAUCCUACCGCUCGUGUGCUAGCAUCCUGCAUCGCCUGGCCGCUCCCCGCGACACUGGCCCCAAUCCAGGUAUUCGCUGUGGACAGGACAGGCAGAGCGCGAAGGGCAUGAAUGUGUGCUAGAGGCAGAUAAGUCCGCUCAGAAGACGAAGGGAAAACAGCUGGAGUUGUGGAGAGGUGAAGGGAAGUGGGUGAGAGAGCAGAAAAACGACUCAUCUAAAUCAAUAGACGUAUAGUGUACCAGCAUGGCAGCCAUGGAAGCACUGGAAUCCUCAAGUGCUCAUCUGGAGCCUCAGACCUUCACUGAGAUCUCAGACGAUGAGGUCAACCUCCCGCCCUCAGACGACGAAGACGAUGCCCUCGCUCUGGCCAAGAAGGAGCUGUCUCCCGCGGGCGCCGAGGGCGACGCCGCCGAGGAGAACAACGAGGCGGAGAAGCUGGACCCGCAGGCCAACGGCGUCCUGGUGCUCUCCAUGCUCGACAAGAUCAUCGGGGCCGUGGACCAGAUCCAGCAGACCCAGAGCGGGCUGGAGGCCCGGCAGCAGGAGAUGGAGCGCUCGGUGGCCGGCAUCCAGGGGGAGCUGACCAAGCUGGCCAAGAGCCACAGCACCACGUCCAACAGUGUCAGCAAGAUGAUGGAGAAGGUGCGCAAGGUGAGCAUCAACGUCAAGACGGUGAGGGCCACCCUGGAGAAGCAAGGGGGCCAGAUCAAGAAGCUGGAGAGCAACGAGGCCGAGCUGCUCAAGAGACGCAACUUCAAAGUCAUGAUCUACCAGGAUGAAACGAAACUUCCCUCGAAACUCAGUAUCUCUAAAUCUAUGAAGGUUUCGGAGUCCGUGUCGGGCAGCAGAGGAGGCAGCCUGCUAGAGCUGAAGGAGGCCGUGGAGGAGGGUGGGGAGGACGGGGAAGGCGAGGCGGCCGACAAACCCCACGUAGACCUCUCGUCCGACGAGGAGGGAGUGGAGGUGGAGGAGGCGGUGGAGGAGUCCCGCGCCGAGCGCAUCAAGCGCAGCAGCCUGCAGCGGGUGCAGACCCUGAAGACCGUCUUCUCGAGGGAGAAGAUGGACAAAACCCGGGCGAGGACCAAGGAGAACCUGGAGAAGACCAGACAAAAGACCAAGGAGAACCUGGAGAAGACGAAGCAAAAGACCAAGGAGAACCUGGAGAAGACCAGGCAGAGAACCAAAGAGAACAUAGAGAAGACCAAGCAGAAGACUAAGGAGAACCUGGAGAAGACUCGUCACAACAUAGAGAAGAAGAUGGGGAAGCUGGGGACGCGCAUGAGCGUCAACCCUGAGCGCAAGCAGAAGAUGCAGACGUCCCGUGACAAGAUGAAGAAGGCCUUCACGCCCGACCACGUGGUUUAUGCCCGGUCCAAGACGGCCGUCUACAAGGUGCCGCCCUUCACCUUCCACGUCAAGAAGGUCCGCGAGGGGGCCGUGGAGGUGGUCCAGGGCACCGAGAUGGUGGAGGUGACCCAGGAUGCAGAGCCCUUCGGCGUGGUGGACCACGCGCUGGAGGACGGAGCGGAGGAGGUGGAGAUGGAGAUGAUGAACGGAGGAGGAGAGGAAGAGGAGGGGGAGGAGGACGAAGACGAGGACGGUCACAAUGUCCUAGAGGACAAUGAAGACAGGGAUAGAGACAGCGAUUAGAUCAGGAGCGCGGAUCGGAACAAAACCAUCGGUAACAAAAAUGUUAAAGAACAAUUCCAGCUUUUUUUCUAUUAGUUAUCAUAACAUUUUACUCACAAAAGUCACUGUUGAGAUCUGGGGAUUGUUGCAAGUUUGAUUGGUUAGUGAGACAAACCAAAAUGUUAAUAAUAUUAACCCUAAACCCAGCUAUGGUAAGUGUUUCACAUCACAUCUGAGCCAGUAGGUGAUGAUUUAUCUGGAUUCGACCCUGUCUGAGUGCGUGACAUCAGCUUUGUAUGGUGGAAAUAUGCUGGUGUUGUGUUUACAGGUUUUGUGUUACCCUUAAGUGUCAAAGUGAGAGGAGGUGGGAGGAUGCGGUCGGUUGUCACAUCCCCAGAACUCUGCAGUUACCUUAAUCAAUACAAUGUUAGCAAUAGAAAAAAAGAGCAUUGGAAUAAACACAGUUAUGUUUACCAUCUUUGGUUUUAUUGGCUGUGUUUAAAUCAAAUUUAAGACCUUGGUGAUUUUUGUAGGUCAAACACUACACUAACAUCUCAUGUAGUGAAACGAGAAUAUUGAACCUUUGAAAGUGGGUUUGUGUUUGCUAAAGAAAGGAAAUGGUUUCUAGAUAGAGUAAAAUAUGGACGGACUGAUCUCAUGUUGCAGAUUACCAAUGAUCAAAUCAUAGUUAUAGACACACGAGUAUGUAUCAAUGCUUCAGUCCUUGUGCUUCAAUAGUGUUACACAUCAAAUCUACAUUUAUUCUUUUUUAUGCCUUUUAAAACCCAAUAUUUCAGGAGAGAUCUGUUGAAGUAGUUUUAUAUGUGAUCACACUUUACACUAAGCUUUUUUUCUUUAAUGACAGACAGUGGAAUCAAGCUGUAUCGUGCACGAACACGCUUAUGUAACCUGUUACUGGCACGGCUCGUUUGCAGGCUCUUUGUGUAUGCAUUUCAUAGUAAUCACUGAGUUAAGGACCAACGCAUUCGGUAGCUGUCACACACCUGAUGCUGCUGUCCGUUCAGAGGGCGGAGGGGACGUGUCCUUGCUGCAGCCUGACACUGACCUCUAGUGUCAGUUGGCUCAUUAUAGUUUUCUCUGCUGACGAUUAAAGCUUCUACCUGAAUUUAGACAUUCCCAUGUACAUUUCCUUUGCUGUCCACGUGUAACUGUGUAUGAGGAAAAUGUAGAAUAUGUUUUGUAUCUUCACCUCCGUGCCUUUCAAGAAUGAGAUCGUUAUUAAAGUUCUGCUCUGACUGCAAUUCUUUUAGCAUCAUCAAAAUAAAUUUCCAUCCAUGCACAUGCGUUUUUCUGAACUAACCUGGAACCCGUUGUGCGUCUUUUGUACAGCUUUUCUUAACAGGUGAUGCGCCUGUGAACUAGGAGUUUAUACAGUAACAUACUGUACGUUUAUACAGUUGUGACAAAGGCUUUGAAAGUUUUCCACAUUGCCACAGGUUUAUACUGUCAAAGUUUAGUUUCUAGGACAAAUGUGUGUCCAUUUGUUGUAUAUAAUGUGAAUCACUGCCAAUGCAGCCCACAGUGCAUUCAGAUUUUAUUUACAAGAAAGCCUUUUCUGCCUGCGCUUCUUAUGCAUUUAUAGUUUCUAGACCUGACUAAUUUUCUGUCUGCCUAUGUUUUAAACGCUACAAAUACUACUGUCACACUUACAUGUAAGAAAGGAUCAAAUGUGUUUGGUGGCUUAAGACGUAAGUCGUUUAAAGUAGAUUAACAAAGACAUGUGUGCCAAAACCUGUAACAACAUGCAGCUGUACUGAGGCCUAUGUUGGUGGAACGCAAAAUGUAGUGUCCUUGAUUUUGUUUUGUUCUCAUCUGACUCCAAUAUAAUGUUUAAUGCUUUAACCACUAAUGAUUGAAUAAACAAAAUAAUUUGG